AUGGAGACAACGACGAGCGCUCACUACAUCCCGGAGGACAGCCUGCUGGAGCUGACCGAUGUGUCGGUGCGGUACGGCGUGGUGGCGGCGCUGAGCGAGGUGUCGCUGGGCGUGGCGCCGCGGGAGACGGUGGCGGUGAUGGGACCCAACGGCGCGGGGAAGUCGACGGUGCUCAAGGCGAUCAUGGGGCUGGCGCCGGUGGUGGAUGGGCAGGUCUGGUGGCGGCAGCGGCCACUCCACGCGGCGACACACGAGAUCGUGCGGGAGGGCAUUUCCUUCGUGCCGCAGGGCCGGCGGGUGUUCACGCACCUGACCAUCGCCGAGAACCUGGAGAUGGGAUGCCUGCACCUGGGCGACCGCGUGGAGAAGCAACGCCGGCUGGAGUCGGUGAUGGAUCUGUUUCCGGUCCUGUACGACAAGCGGCGCGACCUGGGCAGCCAGAUGUCGGGCGGCCAGCAGCAGAUGCUGGCGCUGGGUCGCGGCCUGAUGGCGAACCCUGACGUCCUGCUGCUGGACGAGCCGACGCUGGGGCUGGCUCCGAUCAUCGUGAAAGAGGUGUUCGAGAAAGUGUCGGAGAUCAGCGACUCGCUGGGCACCACGAUCAUGGUCGUCGAGCACAACAUCCGGGGCGUGCUGAGCAUCGCCGACCGGGGGGUACGUGCUGGACAAGGGGCGGGUGGUGUUCGAGGGGACGCCGGACGACAUCCGCGAGUCGGACAUCCUGACGCAAGUGUUCCUCGGUGCGGUGGGCGAGGAUGA